AUGGGCUUCUUCCACAGAAAGACCUCCAAGCAGACCUCCAGGGUUAAGAACCUUCUCAAGCUCGCCUUGUCGCGCCUCGCCAUCGCCCGCCGUCCCCGCCUUGCUCGCAAGUCAAUCUCCCGUGGCGAUGCCGGCCAGCUCCUCGCCCUUGGCCACCUCGACCGUGCUCUCCGCCGCGCCGAGCAGGUCAUAGAGGAGGACAACAUGCUGCAGGCGUUCGACAUCAUAGAGCUCUGCUGCAAGCGCCUCAUCCAGCAUGCCGCGCAGCUAGACAAGCCACAGGAGUCCGGCGAGGAGGCAAGGGAGGCGGCGGCCGGGAUCAUGUUUGCAGCCCGGUGGUGCGGCGACCUGCCGGAGCUGUUGUUCGCACGCAACAUCCUGGAAAACAAGUUCGGCGACGACUUCGCCUCCGCGGCAAAGGAGGGCACCGGCAUCGUCGAUCCCAUGUUGGUGUGGAAGUUGUCUGGCGACAAAACAAACAUGGAGCUGAAGAAGAAGGUGACCAAAGAGAUCGCCACCGAAAACAAUAUCCUGGUAGACUUCUCCGAGCUCCAGGAAACAAUCGAGCAGGACGGCAAUGGCAACGGUCCACACUGUUAG